CGAGCGGGGGCUUCCGGCGGGGCCCGGCAGGCGCCGAGGAGGAAGAGCGAACCCAGACGGUACCUCUCGGCUGAGUCUUCGUGCGGGCCAGGAUGACGACUUCAGGCGCUCUGUUUCCCAGCCUGGUGCCAGGCUCCCGUGGGUCCUCCAACAAGUAUUUGGUGGAGUUCCGGGCAGGAAAAAUGUCACUGAAAGGAACUACCGUCACCCCAGAUAAAAGGAAAGGGCUCGUGUACAUCCAGCAGACGGACGACUCCCUCAUUCACUUCUGCUGGAAGGACAGGACGUCUGGGAACGUGGAAGACGACCUGAUCAUCUUCCCGGACGACUGUGAGUUCAAGCGCGUCCCACAGUGCCCCAGUGGGCGAGUCUACGUGCUCAAGUUCAAGGCAGGGUCCAAACGGCUCUUCUUCUGGAUGCAGGAGCCCAAGACAGACCAGGACGAGGAGCACUGCCGGAAGGUGAACGAGUGCCUGAACAACCCGCCCAUGCCCGGCGCGCUGGGGGCCGGUGGGGCCGGCGGCCACGAGCUGUCCGCACUGGGCGGCGAGGGCGGCCUGCAGAGCCUGCUGGGGAGCAUGAGCCACAGCCAGCUCAUGCAGCUCAUCGGACCCGCCGGCCUUGGAGGACUGGGUGGGCUGGGCGCCCUGACGGGGCCGGGCCUGGCCAGCUUACUGGGGAGUGGAGGGCCUCCAGCCAGCAGCUCUUCCUCCAGCUCCCGGAGCCAGUCGGCAGCGGUCACCCCGUCCUCCACCACCUCUUCCGCCCGUGCCACCCCAGCCCCUUCUGCUCCAGCAGCCGCCUCGGCGACCAGCCCGAGCCCCGCCCCCAGUUCAGGGAACGGAGCCAGCACGGCAGCCAGCCCGACGCAGCCCAUCCAGCUGAGUGACCUCCAGAGCAUCCUAGCCACUAUGAACGUGCCGGCCGGGCCAGGAGGCGGCCAGCAAGUGGACUUGGCCAGUGUCCUGACGCCUGAGAUCAUGGCACCGAUCCUUGCCAACGCGGACGUCCAGGAGCGCCUGCUGCCCUACCUGCCCUCCGGGGAGUCGCUGCCCCAGACCGCAGAGGAGAUCCAGAACACGCUGACCUCCCCCCAGUUCCAGCAGGCCCUGGGCAUGUUCAGUGCGGCCUUGGCCUCGGGGCAGCUGGGUCCCCUCAUGUGCCAGUUUGGCCUGCCUGCGGAGGCUGUGGAGGCUGCCAACAAGGGUGAUGUGGAAGCGUUUGCCAAAGCGAUGCAGAGCAGUGCCAGGCCGGAGCAGGAGGGCGACGGGAAGGACAAGAAGGACGAGGAGGAGGACAUGAGCUUAGACUAAGUUAUUUGCUGUCUUUUACGGGGUGGGGUGCUCGGCUGUGCGAGGGGGCCGUGCCUGCGCCCACUGCGGCCCCCACGGCUCCGCCCCGACGUGCUGAUAAAUAAAGGUCUUGUCUUUUAUCCGACAA